AUGAGAGCCGUGGUAAUGUGCAGCAUGGUGGCCUUGUUUUGUCAGCAAUGUCUGGUUAGCAGCCACGUUCUGGGAAGGCCUUCAUCUACCAGUGACCUGGAUCAGCUAAGGUCUCUAAUGGAGCGCUUCGAGGAGACACUGGAUGAAGAAAACCAGGAAGAAACCGAAGCUGAUUACGAGGAGACAAACCAGGAACGCGAGCACAGCCCGGUCAGCAGGGCAUGGAGUCUGGACCGAGACUCGUGGAUGUCAGAGAAACCUCAGCCAUUAGCGACGAGUCACAACAACGCACAAAGUCAGAGGAGCCAACUACAGAAUCUGCUGAUGAGCAUCAAAAAACGAGCCUCUGGCUGCUUUGGAGCCAGGAUGGAUCGGAUAGGAAAUGUCAGCGGUUUGGGAUGCAACACUGGAAGAGGUUAGCGACACUGUUUCCUGGACACAUGGAGCGUUCUAUGUUGGAGCUGAAGAUGUAACCAAGGACACCUACAUUUCUGUCAUUAUACAUCAGUGACGGUUAAGGUCACUGUUUGACUGGACAAAUCAUCUCUCACCAAUGUGAUUUAUUUCCUACUGUGCAACAUUAUCAACUUGAAAACCAUUGGUUUUCUAAAAUGUAACUUGGUUUUGUUUGCUAACAAAAAAUGUAUAAAUAAACAAAGAUCAAUAUUAUUUUUAAUACAAAUAAAUGGAUUUUCCA